ACUCACAAAUUACUAGUAAUAUUUGCCUAGUGUUUUCUUGAAAUUUCAAGAAUCAAAAUGGCAAAGAUCAACAAAGACUCCUAAUAUAAAAAGAUUUUCAAGUGGGAUAAUAGAAAGAAACAAAGCCAAAGUUCUGAUGAAAUAAAAGGGAAAUCAAAAUCAAACAUGGUGCUUAUAGAAUACAAUCAUGCUCCAGGAAAAGUUCAUCAAAAGCAGGAAAUUAAAGAUAGUAAGUCUAGUGACAAAAAUCAUAAUGACAAAUACUUCUCUGGUUAUAUUAAUCGAGUGAAGAACAAGAUGAGAACAACAACAUCAAAUUUUGAUAUGAUUGAUGAUGGUGGUUCUAGAAAGCCUACCAUAAGAAGAGAUAGUUUUAAUGAUACAAUUUCUCAUUACAUCAAUCGCGCAAAGCUCAAGAUUAGAACUACAACAAUUGUUAGUCGUAGCGAUCAUAAAUAAUAUAUUGUUUUAUAAUAUAUAGUAUUGUAU